CAACUGAAGGCAACAUUAACCCACUGAGCAAGGCCAGGGAUCGAACCUGUGUUCUCAUGGAUGCUGGUCAGAUUUGUUCCCACUGAGCUAUGAAGGGAACUCCUCUAGUUUCUUUAUAAUUCAUUCUUAUUAGUGUGGCUUUAUUUAGCUUCUGAUUUUUAGGAUAGAUAGCAUAUUAAUGUUAUAUGAUGUUAAAAAUUCUUUCUGAAGCUAGAGUGCAAUGAUUUUUUUAUUCUGGUAAAAAUUUAACGUAAUUUUUAUGCACAGUAAAAUCUUUUUAGUUUAGAUCCUACAGAUUUUUUUUUUUUUUGGUGAUAAUUUGUAUACAUAGUAUGAUAUUUGCUUUGUUAACUGAGUUAGAUGUAUGUGAUAUCUUUAAGUGCCUUUGGCAUCUGGUUUCUCUCCAUGCUGGAUAAUCAUGGUUGCUUCCUAUUGCAGUUUGAAGGCAGGUGUUGAAACUAGAGCUAUACCCCUCUUUCCAGUAUUAGAUUAAUUGCAGUCUGUAUAUGAGCUUAUAUUAUAAGCCUAUUGUAUUAUAAAAAUUAAUAUCUGACUUAUUUUGAAAUUGUUAAACUUUCCUUCAUGAUGUUGGAUGAGACCUCUUUCCCUUUGUGACAACUGACUUUAAAAGCCAUGGAGGUCAAGAUUUCUUAUUUCUUCAUUUUGUGCAAAAACAGAACUAGAGCCAUCUCUGGAUAAUCCCCUUUCUUCUGGGGGGGAUACAUUCUAGGACUCCAAGUGGAUGCUUAAAACCAUGGAUAGUACCGAACCCUGUAUACAUACUACAUGUUUUCCUAUACAUACAUACAUAAUAUGGUAAAGUUUAUAAAUUAGGCAUAGUAAGAGAAUAUCCACAUUGCUGAUAUCACUACUCUUGUGAUUUGGAGCCAUCGUUAAGUAAAAUAAGGGUGGCUUGGGCAUAAACACUGGGAUGCCCUGGCAGUAGGUCUGAUAAGCCAGAUGGCUACUAAUGACUAAUUAGCCGGAUACACUGAAUAAAGGGAUGAUUCACAUGCUGGGCAGGACUGAGCUGGAUGGCUCAAGAUUUCAUCACUUACUGAGAACAGCACAUAAUUUAAAAUUUAUGAAUUGUUUAUUUCUGGAAUUUUCCAUGUAAUAUUUUCAGACCUUGGUUGACUGUGGGUAAGUGAAACUGGAAAGUGAAACCACAGAUAAGGGGAGACUAUUAUAAUUCCUAGUAAUCUGUUUCUGGCAGUAUCAUUAAAAUUCCUCUAAAAAGAGGACUAAAACACUUUAUUAGUCAGAAAAUGAAAACAUUUUAAUGCUAAGAGCAAAGUUUUACAUGGGAUUAUUAGGAAAUUACUUUUUAUUUCUGGAUACAAAGAAAUGAUGCAUUCCCUGAAGAACAUCAUGAUGAUAGUGGUGGAAUCUAUGAUUAACAAGUUUGAAGAAGAUGAAAUACGAAGUCAAGAGAGGCGCAGAAAAAUCCAGAAGGAGAAAAGCAGUAGUUACUGCACAGACAAUUGCUCUGAUAGUGAUUCGUCAUUCAAUCAGAGUUACAAAUUUUGUCAAGGAAAACUACAGUUGAUUUUAGACCAGCUAGAUCCUGGGCAACCUAAAGAGGUGAGAUAUGAAGCCUUGCAAACAUUGUGUUCAGCUCCGCCAUCUGAUGUACUAAACUGUGAAAAUUGGACCACUCUCUGUGAGAAACUGACGGUGUUUCUUUCAGACCCGGAUCCUGUUUUUAGUGACCGGAUUUUAAAAUUCUAUGCGCAGACAUUUACACUUUCACCAUUACAUAUGACCAAGGAAAUUUAUACAAGCUUAGCUAAAUAUUUGGAGUUAUACUUUCUUUCUAGAGAAAGUCAUAUUCCUACUCUUUCAACUGGCGUAGAUAUAACUAAUUCUAAUGUGAACCGCUUACUUAAAAAGGUUCGUCUUCUGAAUGAAUAUCAGAAAGAGGCUCCAUCUUUUUGGAUUCGACACCCAGAAAAGUAUAUGGAAGAAAUUGUGGAGAGUACUUUGUCUUUACUGUCACUUAAACAUGAUCAAAGCCAUCUUGUCUCGCAGAAGAUUUUAGAUCCAAUAUAUUUUCUUGCGUUGGUUGAUGCCAAGGCUGUGUGGUUCAAAAAGUGGAUGCAUGCAUAUUAUAGCAGAACUACAGUACUAAGACUUCUUGAAAAGAAAUAUAAAUCUCUGAUAACUACAGCAGUGCAGCAGUGUGUUCAAUACUUUGAGUUGUGUGAAACCAUGAAAGCCAAUGAGGUUUUGAGACAUUCAAAGCCUUGUGGGAACAAGCAGAAAACUUUCUACUAUUCAGGACAAGAACUGCAAUACAUUUAUUUUAUUCACUCAGUCUGCCUUUUAGGAAGAUUACUGAUCUAUAAACAAGGCAGAAAACUAUUUCCUGUAAAGCUGAAGAAUAGAAAAGAUUUGGUAUCCCUUACAGAUCUGCUGGUUCUGUUUACCCAACUUAUCUAUUACUCACCAAGCUGUCCAAAGAUGAUGACAUCUGUACAUUUAGAGAAUUACUCUCCUGCAAGUAUGGUAACUGAAGUUCUCCGUAUACUCUGUGAUCAAAAAGAAUGUGCUGUUGAAUGCUUAUGUAACAACACUGUGAUGGAGGCACUUCUUCAGCCUGUUCAUAACUUAAUGAAAGGAACUAAGGCUGCUCCGCAUUGCUCUGAAACAGCUUUAAUUCAUAUAGCUGAUAUUUUGGCAAGGAUUGCAUCUGUAGAAGAAGGACUUAUCCUGCUACUCUAUGGAGAAAAUAUGAACUCUUCUGAAGAAAAAAGUCCUACAGGUGCUCAUAUAAUUGCCCAGUUUUUGAAGAAACUUCUUGAUGAAGAUAUUUCUAUUUUUUCUGGAUCGGAAAUGUUUCCUGUGGUUAAAGGAGCUUUUACUUCGGUGUGUCGUCAGAUAUAUGGUACAUGUGAAGGCUUGCAAGUAUUAGUUCCUUAUAGCUUGCAUGAAUCUAUAGCAAAGGAAUGGAAGAAGACAAGUUUGCUAUCAGAAAGACUUCCUACUCCAAUAGAGGGUUCUGAUUCUGUUUCUUCAGUAAGCCAGGGAUCCCAAAACAUUGUGGCUUGGGAAGAGAAUUUGUUAGAUGAUUUACUAAAUUUUGCUGCCACUCCGAAAGGACUAUUGCUACUUCAAAGAACAGGUGCCAUCAAUGAAUGUGUGACAUUUAUGUUCAACCGAUAUGCAAAAAAAUUACAGAUCAGCAGGCAUAAAAAGUUUGGCUAUGGAGUUCUGGUUACACAGGUGGCAUCAACAGCAGCAGGUGCAAUAGCAUUACAAAGUUCAGGGUUUAUUAAUUCACUUAUAACUGAAUUGUGGGCCAAUCUGGAAUGUGGAAGAGACGAUGUUAGAGUGACCCAUCCCAGAUCUACUCCAGUGGACCCUAUUGACCGAAGCUGUCAGAAGUCUUUUUUAGCACUGGUAAACUUACUAUCUUAUCCUGCUGUUUAUGAGCUGAUUGGCAAUCAAGGUCUUCCUAAUAAAGCAGAAUAUUCUCUUCGUGAGGUCCCAGCGUGUAUUAUUGAUAUUAUUGACAGACUUAUAAUUUUGAAUUCUGAAGCUAAGAUUCGUUCUUUAUUCAACUAUGAACAAUCACACAUCUUUGGUCUAAGGUUAUUAAGUGUGGUGUGCUGUAAUCUAGAUACCCUUCUCCUGUUAGAGGCUCAGUAUCAAGUAUCUGAAAUGUUACUAAAUGCUCAAGAAGAAAAUACCUUGGACACCUCUGAGAGCCACAGAGAUUUUAUAAUUGAUAGCUUAUCGGUAGAGAGAAAUCAUGUUCUUGUUAGAAUAAAUCUUAUUGGUGGGCCAGUGGAACGAUUGUUGCCUCCAAGGAUACUAGAGAAGGGUGAUGAUCCAUAUCCUUGGCCAAUGUUUUCAUCAUAUCCUUUACCAAAAUGCUAUAUGUCAGACUGUGUUACAAGAAAUGCUGAUCUAAAACAAGACAAUGAUCUUGGCAAACUAUUUUUGCGCUUCAAAACAUCUGAUAAACAAACUGAAUGGAUAGAAAACUGCCGAAGACAAUUUCGCAAAAUGAUGAAGGCCAAACCUGAUAUAAUCAGUGGAGCUGCUUUAGGAGAAUUACUUGAAAAACUUGUUCUUCAUCUCUCCGAAAGCCCGUCUGAAUGCUACUUCCCCCCAGUGGAAUAUACAGCUACUGAUGCAAAUGUGAAGAACGAAAGUCUUUCAUCUGUGCAGCAGCUGGGCGUUAAAAUGACUGUUAGGUAUGGCAAAUUCCUCAAACUGUUAAAAGAUGGUGCUGAAAGUGAUCUUACCUUGGUUUUAAAACAUUGUGAGAGGUUCCUGAAACAGCAGCAAGCUUGUGUGAAAUCUUCUCUUCUCUGCCUGCAGGGAAGUUACACCGGCCAUGACUGGUUUGUAUCCUCCUUGUUCAUGAUAAUGUUGGGGGACAAAGAGAAAACAUUCCGAUUUCUUCAGCAGUUCUCCAGGCUUCUGACUUCCGCUUUCCUUUGGUUACCAAGACUACAUAUUUCUAGGUAUCUGCCAAUGGACACUAUAGAAUCUGGUAUACAUCCAGUAUAUUUUUGCAGCACUCACUACAUUGAAAUGCUACUGAAAGCGGAGGUACCACUUGUGUUUUCAGCUUUUCACAUGUCUGGAUUUGCGCCAUCACAGAUUUGCCUGCAAUGGAUAACUCAGUGUUUUUGGAAUUAUCUAGAUUGGAUAGAAAUCUGCCAUUAUAUUGCCACUUGUGUUUUCCUUGGCCCCGAUUAUCAAGUGUAUAUCUGUAUAGCCAUCUUCAAACAUCUACAGCAAGACAUUCUACAGCACACUCAGACUCAAGAUCUGCAGGUUUUCCUCAAAGAAGAAGCACUACAAGGGUUUCGAGUGAGUGCUUACUUUGACUACAUGGAAAUUUUGGAACAAAACUACCGACCAGUGCUGCUGAGAGACAUGCGGAACAUUAGAGUGCAAAGCACAUAGAUUGGGGCAUACAAUUUAAUUUUAUGCUUUAUUUAUUUUUAAAGGAAAUAAAGGGUUUUGGAUAGUGUCUAUGUCCAUAACAACAUAUCCUUUGUGAAUACACAAUAUUGUAAAUCAGUGUUGAGAGUUUUUUAAUAUAAUAUAUUCAAGUAGGUAUCAGCCCAAUUUGUGACAUGAAGUAGAUUCAUUUUUGUAAAUUCGCUGUUGUAUAAGGCUGUUUUAGAAUUAAAUCUAGCUUACUUAUAGUUCUUUAUGUCUGAGAGUUCGUCUUAACCUACAUUUGCUUCUUCCCAAGAUUAUUAAAGUACUUUGUCCAAUGAGUUUGGAAAGUAGCAGCAAUAUUGUAAGCUAUCAUUUGACCAACCAAGAGAGAGUCCACAGAGACAAGGAAGAUAAUUGUUUUCUUCAUUUUUUAAGUUUUCACAUAUAAAGGAAAAUUGACAAAACCAGAACUCCAUAUUUUACAUAUGGAAAAACAAAUGAUAUUUAUCAUGGCAGGUGGUCAGAAAAUUAUUGUCCUCACACAUAAUUGUUUUUCUAGGAAUCCCUUUUGAUACCUCUAUCAAUUUAUAAUUUUUCAUGUGAAACAUAGUCUCUACAUGGUUCAUUUAAAAGAUAGAUUGGUUGUUUCAUACUGAUAAUGCAUUUGACUCUCUUUUGUUAUGCAUUUUCCUUAGUGAUAGGUUUGAUUUCUACUGAAUUUGAAAACAUUUAAGAGAAUAGAUUUGUAAAUUAUUUUAAAUGACUAACACAGUGUUUUAUAUUAUUUAAAUGGAAGGAUCUUCUCCACUGAAAUUUAUAUAGUAUACUAGGGCCUAUUUUCUUAUAAUUGUCACAUUUAAUAUAUGAAAGAUAAAACACAAAAAUACUAAUUUUUCAGUUAGCAAUUUCAAGUUCUUAAAAUUAUAAGUGGAGAUAAUUUUAUAUUCAUUGCUUAUAUUUAAAUAUAAAUCAACCAUUAAAACCAUGUUCAGAAGCCUUUUUUCUUUUUAACCAAAAAUGGCUUAUCCACAAACUCUUAUUUUUCCUUUUAGUAUGAUGAAACAAUGGUACUAUACAAUUUUUGGUUUUGUGAUAUUCAGGCAAUUGCAAUAUCAGCCUUCCAAAAUCAGGUUUUAUGCUGUAAAUGCCAACAAUAGCUUCUCAGUAAUGGUGUCCCUAAAGGGCAUUGAAAAAGUUGAGAAAAGAAAAUUGAGCAAGUUAAUUUGACAUAUUGCUCACUUUAGCUCUGGCUGAUAUGAGUUAAGUAAGAAAGCCCUAGGUUACUCAAAACACUAAGUUUUGUCUACUUUCAAACUUAAUUUUGAAAAGCUGCUCCACAGAACCUGUAUUACAUGUUUAUGACUCCAUUUUUUCCCCUUCUGUUCCUGAUACAUUGUUAUAGAUCCUGAGAAACCUGCAGCUUUCUUUCUUUUAAAAAGCUCUUAUACAGUAAUUGGAAGUACAAAUGGAGAAGAAACUAAAUUUUAUAAUAUUCAUUGGUGACUUUGAUUGGAAACGGAAGUAAGAUCUAGAUAACAAUUACAUUUUGGAAAAAUGACUUCAGCUGGAGCCAGAAGGUUUUCAUUUUUAUUUAAUAUGAACAAUGACUUAGCAAUUUGGAGAAAUAAAAUAUAGUACUGUAGCUACCAUUGUGAAUUAUUUUUGUGUCUAUUUUUAAGAAUACUCUUUAGAGUAGAAAUAAAUACAGCCAUAACUUGCCUCUCAGUUUUGUUUUUAAUUAUUUAAAGUAUAAGUCCUGAGGACUUAUUUCUGAUUUGUGAAGGAGGAACUUGUACAUUUUACAGGAUUUAUUAUAAUCUAUAUUUUGAUACAGUUGUAAACAAAUUUGUGAAAAAUCUGUGUUCACAUAUAGAUCUUUUAUCUAUUUUCAUAUUUUCACCUUUGUAGUUCUGCUUUAUGAUGUUUAGACAUAUAAAGAAUCUAUAAAGGUAAAAUAAGUCAUAGGAAGUCAUCUAAACUUGAUUCUACCUGAAUUUAUGCUUAUAAAAUUGUGGUGUACUCUAGUUUGAUUUUUCCAGUUCCACAAUGUUAAGGAAAUUUCUUUGGUCAUUCAUUAUGCAGACAUAUUGCAAGUAUUACACAUAAAAUAUUUUCAAUAAGCCAAGAUAGAUGACAACACUUUCAUUCAGAAUGUUCACCAUCUUUCUGGGAAGGUGAAUAAUUUUAAAACUGAAAAUACAAUUGUUAAGUGAGAAUUGACCUAUGAAUUUGGUGACUUGAUAAGAGUAGUUUUGAUGGAGUAGUAAGGGCAAAAAUUUGAAACAGGUUUAAAUGAUGCUGAGAGGAAAGAUUUUGGGAAACUGGUUUUUCUAGGGAUUUUUCUCUUAAAGGGAAAGAGAAUACAUGUGGCAACAGGAGGAGACAUGAAAGCAAAAGGCUUUUGGGAAAUGGAAACAUGUUUAUGUGGGUGGAAAUGUAAGAAGGGAAAACAUGAUUCUGAAGAGAGAAAUGCUGGAGUGAAUGUUAUGAGAAAUGCAAAGGACAUGAGAUAUAGUUUAAAAGUUUUAGAAUUAGUCUUUGCUCGGAAUAUGGACCCAUCACUCAAAAUAACAGAAUAGGGGAGUUCCUGUCAUGGCUCAGCAGUUAACAAACCCAACUAGCAUCCACGAGGACACGGGUUCCAUUCCUGAUAUAGCUCAGUGGGUUGAGGAUCCAGCAUUGCCAUGAGCUGUGGUGUAGGUCACAGAUGCAGCUCGGAUCUGGCAUUGCUGUGGCUGUGGUGUAGGCUAGUGACUACAGCGCCAAUUGAAUCCCUAGCCUGAGGACAUCCAUAUGUUGCCAGUGCAGCCCUAAAAAGACAAACAAAAACCACAGAAGAAGAGACAGUGUAAACGGGCACAGACACAGGAUGGUCAUUUCUGAAAGUUAUUUCCUAUUUCACUGAGAAAACAAGUUUAUUAGCUACAAGGAUGGUAAAAACUUUGGUAGGUUUUAGGAGAUUAAGGGAAAUAGUUGUUAAGAAUAGUGGGAGAGUAAAUAGACUAAGAACAGUUCAUGGUAUGAGAUGAGUUAGCAAAGUUGUAUGCUAGCAAAGUAGGAAGUGAAUUGAUUUCAAUCUGGAUUUUGGUUUAAUCAAAAAUAUUACCAAGCAAGGAGGCACAAGGGAGCUGAUGGUAUAUGCAUGUGAACUAUUAUAACAUUGUAGCCAUGGCAAUAGAGCUAUAUCGGAAGGGGAAACGAGAGGGAUAUGACAGAUACAGUGAAAUGUUGAUAGGAUCAAUUGAUUUUUAGGUUCUAAGUUGAAUGUAUGAUUUGGAAUACUCAGGAGAGGAAGGUGAGAAGAUUAGUACUAGCAGUCAAGGUAAAAUUGAGAUUUUGGCAGAGGAUGACUAUGAUAGCUAAGAGAGUGGAGGAUGAGCUCAUUGAAGGAAAGGGAAUCAAGGAGCUGUGAUUCCAAAGUACGGGAAGAAAAUCAUCUUUUUUGGAUAUUGAAGUUACCAACAUUUUUCACAAGGAAUUGCUUUGGAUAGCUUGUAAAUGACCCAAAAGUUAAAAUCUUCUAGGAUUAGGCUACAAAAAAAAAAAAAAAAAAAGAAAGAAAAAAAAAAUCUGAAG